AUGCUGUUAAAACACCACGAUGGCCGUCAUUUCAUCCACGUCAGGCACAGCGGCCUCUACUUGGUGGCCACGACUUUGGAGAACGUUUCCCCCUUCGGCCUCCUGGAGCUGCUCUCCCGGCUGGCCACCCUGCUGGGCGACUACUGCGGCUCCCUGGGCGAGGGGACCAUCUCCCGCAACGUGGCCCUGGUCUAUGAGCUCCUGGAUGAAGUGCUGGAUUACGGCUACAUACAGACCACGUCCACGGAGAUGCUGAGAAACUUCAUCCAGACGGAAGCUGUCGUCAGCAAGCCCUUCAGCCUCUUUGACCUCAGCAGCGUGGGCCUGUUUGGGGCGGAGACACAGCAAACCAAAGUGGCCCCCAGCAGUGCAGCCAGCCGCCCUGUCCUAUCCAGCCGCUCUGAUCAGAGCCAGAAGAAUGAGGUUUUCUUGGAUGUGGUCGAGAGAUUGUCUGUUCUGAUGGCAUCUGAUGGCUCACUACUCAAAGUGGACGUGCAGGGAGAGAUCCGGCUCAAGAGCUUCCUUCCCAGCAGCUCUGAGAUGCGUAUCGGCUUGACAGAAGAGUUCUGUGUGGGGAAGUCAGAGCUGAGAGGUUACGGCCCAGGAAUUCGAGUUGACGAGGUCUCGUUCCACAGCUCCGUGUGUCUGGAUGAGUUUGAGUCUCAUCGAGUCCUCCGCUUGCAGCCACCGCAGGGCGAGCUGACUGUGAUGCGGUACCAACUCUCAGACGACCUCUUCUCCCCACUCCCCUUCCGGCUCUUUCCCUCUGUGCAGUGGGACCGCGGCUCGGGCCGGCUUCAGGUUUAUCUGAAGUUGCGAUGCGACCUGCCCCCAAAGAGCCAAGCCCUCAACGUCAGGCUGCACCUUCCCCUGCCUCGAGGGGUGGUCAGCCUGUCUCAGGAGCUGAGCAGCCCAGAGCAGAAGGCAGAACUGGGGGAGGGAGCCCUUCGCUGGGACCUGCCUCGGGUGCAAGGAGGCUCUCAACUCUCAGGUCUUUUCCAGAUGGACGCCCCAGGCCCCCCGGGGCCUCCCAGCCACGGGCCCUCCACCUCAGCCCCACCUCUGGGGCUGGGGCCCGCCAGCCUCUCCUUCGAGCUUCCCCGGCACACGUGCUCCGGCCUCCAGGUCCGCUUCCUCAGGCUCACCUCCAGACCCUGCGGCAACACCGGCCCCCACAGAUGGGUGCGCCACCUGAGCCACAGUGACGCCUACGUCAUUCGGAUCUGAAGCUCUGCGAGUGAGGACGUGGCAGCCAAGGUGGCAGUUUGUCCACGAAGACGGCACGUGGGAGGACCGUCUUCUCCUCUGGCCUCCUGGCUCACGGCUCUGGAUCUGAGCAGGAAGGCUCCUGGGUCCGAGACUGGGAGUCCCAACGAACCCACCCCUUCAGUGGCAACUGGCACGGGAAGGGCUGAGGAGGACUGAACUUACAAACCAAACUUUUAUUUUGAGGAAAUGGCUGUACGCGAUCUAAAAAGAAAGUGACACGGAGGAAGCAGCCUACUACGUUCUUCCGUCCUGCGUGCAUG